CCCGGCCUGUCCCGUGACUCCUCUUCCGGCCUCCUCCCCAACCCUAGCCGCCGCAAGCCUCAGGCGAUGGCGCAAAGCACCUCGACCGCCGGCGGACACGCUCUCCCCCGCCCCUAGUCUGCCGUGACCCACCCUUCCCCGCCCUGCUCGCCCUCUUUCGCCACCGUCGCCGACCAGGUCCGCCGCCAUCAGCGACGAGCUUCCCCGCCCCCGCCCACCCUGUUUCGCCACCAUCGCCGACCAGAUCCGUCGCCGCGAUUCGAGCACUGUCCGUCAGCGACGAGCUUCUCUGCCGUCAAUCGAGCUCCUCCGCCUCCCCGUGCACCUCUUCCCAAUUCUGGAAGUCAAGUUCAGAGCAUGUCUUCGAGCAUGACUGCCGAGUGGGAUGAAGAGAACACUAGGAUCGUGACCAACUUGAUGGUUACGCAAGUGCGGGCUGGAAAUAGGCCAAACAAAAUCUUGACCCCUAGUGCAUUCGAGGAAGUGGCAUUGCAAUUCAAAGUGAGAACCAGAUUGGACUACACGAGCAACCAAAUGAAAAACAAAUGGGACAAGCUGAAAGCAGAUUACGCUUUAUUCAAGAAGCUCAAGCUAAAGGAGACCGGAGGGGGAUGGGACUUUGUUCUCAACACUGUCAAACAAGAUAAGGAAUGGUGGAAGAAAGCAAAAAUUGACCUUAAAGGCUGCGGCAAGUUUCAAAAGCAUGGACUACACAAUGAAGAAAACUUGAGCAUUAUGUUUGAGGACAUCACUAGUGAUGUCACAGACCAUUGGAAUCCUUCUACAGGCAUACCUCCCUCCUCUAGUGCAGCAAUACCAGAUACCAUUGAUAUUGAAGCCAUCACAGAUGUUGAUUUGCUAGAAGAUCCCCAAGUGCCACCUUCUCCUGCUAUGCCACCUUCUCCUAGUAUGCCACCUUCUCCUUUCGUGCCAUCAACGAAAAAUAGGCUUUAAAAAACCAUUGAUGACAAGCACAAGAAACCUAGGACUGCACAAGUGAUGCAAGAUGAGAUUACACAGAUUAAAAUCAUUGCUAAGGAGUCCCAAGAAACCGUUCAAUCAUUCAUAAAGAAUGAUGAUGCCACUUCUGUUGCCAGUACCAUGAACGAAGUGCUUGCUCUUGGUAUUUUAGAGGGUAGUGAUGACCACUACAUAGCGACUGAGUUGUUCAUCAAAAGAGAGCAAAGAGAGAUGUUUCUACACAUGGGUGUUGCCGCACGAAAAGAUUGGCUUCGUAGGAAGUUUGCCAUGACGUAUGGGAAAUAGUUGGUUCCACUAGAUGGUUUCUCAUGUCUUUUGUUUAUGCACUAUUGAACCAUCUUAUGUAUGCACUAUCUGGAUGAUAUUUAUGUAAUGUUGAACCACCAUUUUCUAUUUGGAUGAAUUAUUGGUAAUUGCAUGUUC